CCAUGAGGCUGGUUCUCCCAAACCCUGGUCUUGAUGACCGAAUCCCAUCUCAUGCAGACCUGGAGAGGUUGGAGAAGGAGGAGGCAGGGGACAGGCCCAAAUGGGACAACAAAGCCCAGUACCUGCUCACCUGUGUGGGCUUCUGCGUGGGACUUGGCAACGUCUGGAGGUUCCCUUACCUGUGUCAGAGCCACGGAGGAGGUGCUUUUAUGAUCCCUUUUCUUAUCCUGGUGGUCUUGGAGGGGAUCCUGCUGCUGUACCUGGAGUUUGCCAUCGGCCAACGCCUCAGAAAAGGAAGUGUAGGGGUUUGGUCUGCAAUCAGCCCCUACUUGGCUGGAGUUGGUGUUGCGUCCAUGACUGUCUCCUUCUUAGUGGGCAUGUACUACAACACCAUCAUCGCCUGGGUGAUGUGGUAUUUCUUCAACUCUUUCCAGAGCCCCCUGCCAUGGAGCCAGUGUCCUCUCAAUGACAAUCUCACAGAUCUAGUGUCUGAGUGCAAACGCAGCUCUCCAGUGGACUACUUCUGGUACAGAGAGACGUUGAACAUCUCGGUGACGUCCAGCACUAUCACUCAAAACGAUGUCCACAAGACA